ACCCGGAUGUAUUAUCUGAAUGUUCAGUGCUUAAGCGAGGGAAAAUCAUUCUGUACUUUAAUCCACAGCUAAGUUAAGACAAAAUAAACGCAAGCCAAGGAUAAGCUUGAUAGUUUUGCCACAUCUAUGUGCAUUUAUCAAUUCAACUGCACCUGCGGUGACAGUUAUGUUGGGCGUACUACUAGACACCUUAGCCAACGUGUUAGUGAACAUCUCCCAUGGUGGUUUGGUAAAGGACAGACAAAAACAAUCCGUAACUCAAUUUUGUCACAUUUAAUUCAUAGUGGUCAUGUAGUGGAUAAAACGAGAGCCUUCAAAGUAAUUCAUCGUAUCCCACCGAAUCUUUCCAAUAGACUUCACAUUCGUCUACUGCAAACAGCUGAGGCGAUAGGCAUUCGAACUAUGAAACCUAAACUGUGCAUUCAAAAGAAGUUCGUACAGCCACUAUCCCUCCCUUGGUCUAUUAAGACAUAACCAACUGAUGACUUCUACACCACCCCUUAGUUAUAUUUUCAACCCCUUUCUUAUCAUCCCUUAAUCUUAACACAUCUUCAUUAAAAACGUGUUUCAUUUACUUCCUUUAGAAUCUAGCAUUACUUAAUUAGUUCAUUUGUUUUUAUUAGCCUUUAUCGACUUCUUCUACUUGAACAAUUGUUUGUUUAAUCAUGCUGUUUUUCAUUAUUCGUGUUAUCACAGAUUGCCUCACUUUUUCAUUCUCAUUAUUGAUAAAACCAUUAUUAUUAUUACUAUGCGUCGGUGGCACAGCGAUUAAGACGCUCGCCGACCAUGCAUAUGG